AUGUCCAUAACUCCAUUCACGAUAGCCGUUCCAGACGAGCAAAUUACCCAGCUGAACCAAAAGCUCCAACAAGCAACAUUCCCCGAUGAACUCGAUGCCGCAGGCUGGGACAUGGGUGUUCCACUCGCUGAUAUGAAGCGACUGGUCACCACCUGGCGUGAGAAGUUUGACUGGCGCACCCAGGAAAAGAAACUCAACGAGCAAUUCAAACAAUUUACCGUUCCUGUCUCCGUGGAUGAUUUUGGGGACUUGGAAAUCCAUGUUUUGCAUCAUUGUUCUGGGAACCCGCGUGCUAUUCCGUUAUUGUUUAUGCAUGGGUGGCCUGGAAACUUCCUCGAAGCCACCAAAUUGAUUCCAUUGCUCAUGAAGGAUGAUGGCGGCCCCGCGUUUGAUGUUGUGGCGCCUUCACUUCCUAACUAUGGGUUCUCACAGGGAGUGCAGAAGAAAGGAUUUGGUCUAGCCCAGUUCGCUGAAACCGCCCACAAGUUGAUGAUAGCCCUAGGCUAUGACCAAUAUGUGAUUCAAGGAGGAGAUUGGGGUAGUGCUAUCGCCCGUACAAUGGCAGUCUACUAUCCCGAGCACAUCCAAGCCAUCCACCUAAACACCAUCCCCGUAUCGCCACCUUAUCCCUGGCGCAGCCCACUCAACUUCCUCAAAUCCCUUAUUAGCGUCCCAUUCUCAGCCAAAGACCGGGGAAACAUUAAAAACACAAUCGAGUACGUGACCAAAGGUAGCGCCUACCUGCUACAACAGGGAACUAGGCCCCAGACACUAGGCUACGGACUUCAAGAUAGUCCUGUUGCGUUGCUGGCAUGGAUAUACGAUAAGUUGCAUUCAUGGUCAGAUGCCUACCCGUGGACAGACGAGGAGAUUCUGACCUGGGUGAGUGUGUAUUACUUUUCGCGGGCGGGGCCGACGGCUUCAAUUAGGCUCUAUUAUGAAAGUCUCGCGCAGAAGCCGGAAACGGUGACGAAGUGGAUGAGUAUGACUCAAAUGUUUGAUGCUCGGGCGCCGGAGAAUGUGCGGUUUGCCGUCGCACAGUUUAAGAGGGAGAUUGUCCAGUGGCCUAUGGCCUGGUAUCGGGCUAUUGGGAAUGUGGUUAAGGAGACGGAGUUUGAGCGUGGAGGGCAUUUUGCGGCUUGGGAAGUGCCUGAGUUGGUUGCGGGUGAUUUGAAGGAGUUUUUGGGUAAGGAUGGACCGGCCUAUGCUGUUAUAGAAGGUAAAGAUGGAUAUUGA